GCAAUGCCUGCCCCACAAACAGUAUCUACCCCCUGUGAAACUGCGACGAAACACAGGGUUCCGGUUUUAUAAGUUUUUGUGUGUCAAACCUUUAGGGUAAUCCAUGAUGGGGACGGAAUAUGAAGAAAGUUUUCCGGGCGAGAAAAGUACUAACCACUUUCAGCCCUCUUCGGAAGAAAUACAGGGCUGGAUGCAGAGAGCUUUCGAUAUGUCUAAAGAAGCCUUAGAGAAUGGAGAGGUGCCUGUGGGAUGUCUCAUGGUGUACAACAAUGAGAUUUUGGGAAAAGGGAGAAAUGAAGUCAACGAAACAAAAAACGCAACACGGCAUGCAGAGAUGGUAGCGUUGGACCAGGUACUGGAGUGGUGUCGUGACAAUGGCAGGGAUUCCAGAGAGGUGUUGGACCAGACUGUCCUGUAUGUCACUGUGGAGCCGUGCAUUAUGUGUGCGGGAGCACUUCGUUUAUUGAAAAUCCCACUAGUGGUUUAUGGUUGCAAAAAUGAGAGGUUUGGUGGCUGUGGGUCAGUGCUCAACAUCCCUGAAGAUGAAUUACCACACACUGGAACACCAUAUAAGUGUAUUUCAGGAUACAGAGCAGAGGAAGCUGUGGAAAUGUUAAAAACAUUUUACAAACAAGAAAACCCAAACGCUCCUAAAUCUAAAGUCAGAAAGAAGGACUAAGUGAAGAAUGAAGAAAUACAGAUGUACAUCAGUGGGUCCAUGUGCAGUUUCUCCAGCUGAGGGCUCCAGUCAUUCAGCAGUGGGACGUUUGUGAGAUAAAACAGAGCUUGAGCAAAAAAGAUAAUGUUUUUGUUAGUACUGACAUUUUUUAAACUGUAUUGUGUACAACAAUUUUUUUUAACCAUUAACAACAUUGAUACUGUUAACAUUCAUUGAAUAUUUAUUGAAAUUUGCAUCCUCUCUUCCGAUUAAUAAUUGCUCCACAGAAUCACAAUUGAAUAGAAUGUUUAGUUCACCCACAACUUGUAUUAUGGAGAAUCAAGAAGGGUCAGAUGACUGAUAGUUCUUAGGUAAGGAGUCUGAAUAUACAAUGUCUUUGAAAUCUCAGAUGUAUAUUGGCUUCAUUUGGAUCAUUUUAAUCAUCAAUCCAUUUUCUAACCACAUUAUCCAAUAAAAGGUGAUGGAUCUCUGCAGGAAACAGGCACAAGGAAGAAUGCACCAUGGACUGAAGGCCAGUCCAUCACAGGACACAGACCCAAACACACACAGGACCAGUUUUCCCAGAAGCCAGUUAUCCCACCAGUG